AUGAGCGACGAGUCUUUGACUUUAUUACAAUUCGAUUCUUGGCGUUGUUCUGAUGAUGCUAAAGGAUUGGAAACUGUUGUUGAAAUUGAUAUUGCCCAAGAACGAUUCACGGCGAAGGUCAAGACUAAACAACCAACCCCACCAUUGAUUGAACCCAUCUUACAGGAGAAUCCGAAUAGGUUCGUAUUGUCUCCUAUUCAAUAUCAAGAUGUAUCGCAGAUGUACAAGAAGGCAGAAGCAACUUUUUGGACUGCUGAAGAAGUUGACCUGUCAAAGGAUCUGAAUGAUUGGGAUAGACGAUUAACCUACGACGAACGCAAAUUCAUCUCACACGUCCCUGCCUUCUUUGCCGCAUCUGAUGGUAUUGUAAAUGAGAAUCUGGUUGGUAGAUUCUCUCAAGAUGUACAAAUCCCGGAAGCUCGUUGCUUUUAUGGAUUUCAAAUCAUGCUUGAAAAUAUACACGCUGAAAUGUAUUCAUUGUUGAUUGAUACGUAUAUAAGAGAUCCCGCUCAACGUGAAUAUCUUUUGAUGCUCUUGAAACAAGUCCCUGCUUUGGUGGUGUUUGCCUGGUAG